GCAAAGUAUCACUAAAAAAACGAACGGUGCUGCCGUCUGUGGCGAAAUAGAGGCAGUUUCCUUUAGGCACCGGUCUGCCAUCUGGUGACUGUUAAUAUUGUCACAAAUUUGUUACGAUGGUGCGAUAUGCCGCGUUAAAAGGUUUGUACGAUUUGGAAAAGACUAUCGGAAGCGGAGGUUUUGCAAAAGUAAAGCUUGCUACGCACAUAGCGACCGGUGAGAAGGUUGCUAUUAAAAUAAUGGACAAAACGGCGCUGGGCGACGACUUACCUAGAGUAAAACUAGAAGUUGAGGCAUUGAAAACUUUAUUACAUCAACACAUCUGUAGAUUGUAUCAAGUGAUAGAAACAGAGACCCAUUAUUUUAUGGUGAUGGAGUAUUGUUCGGGUGGAGAAUUAUUCGAUCACAUAGUUGAAAAAAAUAGACUCUCUGAAACAGAAUCACGAAAGUUCUUUCGUCAAAUUGUAUCCGCUGUAACGUAUUUACAUAGUUUAGGAUAUGCUCAUCGUGACUUGAAACCAGAGAACGUUCUGCUAGACAGGGAAGAGAAUUUAAAACUGAUAGAUUUUGGUCUGUGCGCGAAACCAAAGAAUGGAAUAGAAUCCCAUUUACAAACAUCGUGCGGUUCUCCGACGUAUGCUGCGCCAGAACUCAUAUUAGGGAAAAAAUACUUAGGUUCAGAAGUAGAUAUUUGGAGUAUGGGAGUACUUCUAUAUGCGUUACUUUGUGGUUUUCUUCCGUUCGAUGAUAACAGUAUAGAGAAUUUGUAUAGAAAAAUACUUAGCGGCAAAUACGACGAACCAAGUUGGUUGUCGAGUAGCAGUAGAAGAUUGAUAAGGGCAAUGUUACAAAUAGAUCCAAAAAAACGAAUUACUAUACAAGAAUUGUGUAAUCAUCCAUGGAUUACAGCAGGAUUCCUCAAUCCUGUUUCGUUUGUUCAUAAGACCAAUUUUGAACAAGACGAAGACGUGUUAAGUACUAUGUCCGCGAUAUGUGGCGAACAAGCUCCAGAUAUAUGGAAUAAACUUGUAAAAAGUGAUAGAACCGAUUACAAGACUUCCACGUAUCUUUUACUUUUAGAUAGAAAACUUCGUGGACUUUCGCUUCGAAUAUCAUCCUCUGCAAAGACUCAUUUUAAAACAGGGUGCGAAGGAGGGAUGAAUAAUCUUAUAACUAAACUUGAUUAUUCUCCAAGAAGCAAACCUAGAAAAUCGCCAGUAUUAGAGGCCACCUAUGAUGUUUUGCCAAAAACGCCUGAAACGGCCAACAAUUUUAUGGAACCACAUGUACCUGGAAGAAAACGACUUCGAAGUAAAGAAGCGGACGACAUAUGUUCUCCUGUCCCUGUAAAAAGGACCGCGGAAAAAGAUAGAAUCGUUUCUACUCCCACCAAUACUCCGGUAUCCGAUUCAAAAGGAACACCGUCGUCUACACCAGGGAGCGCAAGAAAAGUAAUAAUGGGUUUGGAACGUGGAUUGAAUCGCGUGCGUUGCGUCCUUACACCCAAGAGACGCGCAAAGAACGAGAAUAUCGAUCCUGAUCAACCUAAUAUACUAUCUGGAAAAGGCCUUUGUAACGUGUCGUCAACGUCUAGCGACGACCCCAGAUACGUACUCUCGCAACUGCGUCGUGCACUGCGUCGCAAAGGAAUCAUGUGCCAUCAAAAAGGAUUCAUCCUUCAAGGAGAAACGGAAGAUUGUAUGGAAGACGAGAUGGAUACGAUGCGACCGUUUUCGGCCAGGAAUGCUUGCUCUUUCGAGUUAGAAGUUUGUUUAUUAGAAGGCGUUACGAAUAACAAAUUGCUAGUUGGUAUUCGAAGAAAAAGGUUAAAAGGUAACGCGUGGGUUUACAAGCGGGUUUGCGAGGAAGUUCUCGCUUUGGCAGCGGAGAAUCUCUCUGGCGAAUCAGAGGGUUCGACAGAAUCGAAGUGCGCCAUUUAAUGUUAUUCCACUAUUUUUACGCGAACCGUAUCUAUCUAUAUAUAUAUAUAUAUAUAUAUAUACUAUAUAUAAAGUCUAAAAGACUACUGUGUUCUGAUCUCUAUUAAAUAGAUGGUAAAAAUAAUGCAGGCGCGAAGAAUAUUUUUUUAACUUUUGAAUGCAAAACCCCAUCAGGUAUCGUUUACGGCAGCUUAAUACUCGGUAAAGUAUCUGCAUCAGGGUUCCUUUCUGAGAAUAUAGGUUUCUCGUAACAGACGUAUUAUAGUAAGGUAAAGCCUAGCAUAAAAUAUUUCUCCGGUCUUGGAGGACUACGAAGUAAACUCGCAAUUCAGAUGAGGAGUGUAAUUGUCAAUCGUGUAAUAUUAUCUAUACAGUAUAAGAGAAUUAAAAGUAAAUUAUAUCGUUUCCUACACG